UUUAAUUUAUUGGUCACAUUAACCCUCCGUAGGCAACCACAUUUUUAUUUACUCCGAAGGCAAUUUGAGUCUUUUAUGUCUAAUCUAUAUUUUUUUAACUGUUCUAAACUUACAAAUAAUCUAAAAAAAUUUGGGAUUACGUUUCGACAUCUUUGUUGCAUUAAAUCAGUUAUUUAACUCAAAUGUUAAAACUUUUAUUCAAUAAAAAUUGAAAUUUAACUAGUGAACUUUGAAAGUAAACUAGCGUUUUGUGUAAAAAAAGACUUAAAUUGUCUACGGCAGAUUAACAUGCAAUAUGUGUAUUAUAGUAUCUACCACGGAGGAUAACUUGCUUGAGUUCAAUUCCUCGAUCUUCUUAGUUUCGAGUUAUAAAAUACGUAGAUUUGAAGUUGCGUGGCUCUGAAGUUGGUGCUCCAAUUCCUACAUUAUUCGUUGUUGGUCAAACGAAAAUCACCUCGCGCAAAAACUAUUCCUUUUAUUAUUAAUAUUUUAUUAUUCCAAUGUCUUCUUCACUAAAAGUUAUCAGUGCAUCAUUAUAAAUUUUUAAUACGAAAAGUAAUGAUAAGAAAACACGUAGACCGACGCGUGAAAAAGAGAUGACAAAAUGACGUUUCAUAACGGCAGCAGAUACCAUCGCGCGGCCAUGUUGGUAUCGGUAGAUGCCGCUGGCGGUCUGUCUGGCUAGACAGCUGGUAAAGGCGCCUUUUACACGCGCGCUUGAAUGGGAGAACCAGCCGGCUGCUCGGCGACUGGCUGCCGGACCGGCCGGCACUUCGCGUACCAUCGUCGCGACGCGCGGUACAUUCGCCGACCGACGUGCGCCGUCGUCACGCGUGUUCUCCGCGUCCCCCCUUUCCCAUUCAAGCGCGAGUUUCGCGCCUUUCCCCCCCCCCUCCCUCCUCCGUAGGAAAAGUUCGCGUGUAAGAGUCUCGCAAGUGGCGGCGGUAUUUUCGAAGGAUCCGUCGCGAGAGAUGCCGCGAUCCACGCGCGACUUCCGAAAUUCGUGACGCGCGCCGCGUGUUGCUCCGAUCUCUCUCGCGAGGUCCGACAGGAGUGCGGAGUGAAAGUGUGCCGGAGGAAAUAAGAUAGGAAAAACAAGCUGCGGUAAUAGAAGGAUAUACACGUGUGUGCGGCAUGAGGUCGUGCCGGCGGCGGCACGGAGGACCCGCGGAAGGAUUCGGCCGAUCUCGCGGAUCGGCGAUGCGCCGGCGGUGCUCCGGUGAUGAGGGGAAUCGGCGUCGACGCAACUGAGGUGUGUUAUGCAGCGCGAGUGCGGCCAAUCGGGAAUACAUUACCCGCACCAUCAGCUAGCAAGCCGCCGGCACCGCCGCCGUCGUCGUUGCCGUCGUGAUGCCGUUUGUGAUGCGAAAGAUAGAGCCGCGGCACGUGUGCCGCGGCCACGUGCCGGCGGGUUCGCACCCGGGUUGGCCAGUGGGCGCCGAGCUCGAGGCGGUGGCGAACGGUGCCCUUACCAGCUCCCUGAAGCAGCUCGCCUCCCUCCUGACCGUCGCGGAGGACAUCUUCGCGGGCCUCACCGCCGAGCUGGCCCAGGUCGCCGAGAGAAGCGGCCACCUGCGUCGCAAGCUCGACAAGGUCGAAGAGCGGCUCAGCACCGUCGACCCCAAGAAGAUACCAGUCCCGGAAUCGGAUAUCUGUACUUUCGCGGCGAGAACGGAGCAUUUUCACGUCACGAAUAAACCAUCGAAGGGACUGUUCACGGCGGACACAAGGCCGAAGGCCCUGAGGGAGUUGUACGAGCUCGCUGCCAUAGUCGCCGUACGAAGUUUGGAUUCCUUGAGGAGGAAUGGCAGCUCGAUGGAUAUGUUCCUUUGCACGCCGGUCCUCGGUAAGAGGAGACGUGAUCACAGCCUCGACAUUGAGUCUAGAGUCCCGGCUGCUAUCGAGGAUCUUCGAAGGUGGACGUCCACCGAAGCGCUCGGCGACGUCACCGUACCACCGGACUGCUCGUCCAGGAUCUUAGCCGACACGACCAGCGACGAUGCCGUCGAUCACAAGCUACCUAGCCCCGAGGAACAGGUUCAGGCUAUCGCACUCAAAUUCCCAGCGGAAAUCGUAGCGGUGGAUGUGAGCGGACGAGGUUUCGAAAGAAUGUCGAUGAGGAGGAGGUCCUUGCUGUCAGGGCCAGAGACUCAGGAAACGGCGGUGAAGAGGAGAUCGCGGCCACGCAGACCGAGAGGGAAGAGACGAAAUACGAUCGCCGGUACCGAUCAGAAGGAGAUUCGACAGGCUAUCGGAGGGGAGACAACUGGCGACGAGCCCGAGGAGACGAUGCCAAGCGCCACGCCGAGAGCGCAUCGCUCUGCGAGCACGGACGUCUUGGGCUCCACGAAGAAGGACUCACCCACGGAAAAGAAAUCGCACUUCAACACACUGAAGGCAUGGGGCAGGUCCAGACUGAAGCUGAUCAGUCCGAAAUCGAGUCAGCAGCAACAGCAGCAGCAGCAGCAGCAGCAGCAGGAAUCGACGGUAGUCAGCGCGGAGAGGAACGAGCAGCAGGCUCAGGGCCAAACAAGAUCACCAGACGAGAUCAAUAUUUACGAAACGGUGACUACGAGGCGCAGGAGGGACAAGUCACACGAGAGGAAGCCGAGCUCGUCCAGUUCGAGCGGCAAGAGCACGGCCAGCAUACCAGUGUCAGUGCCGAGCACGGACAACAAACAGCCGAGCGUGAAAUUGCGCGAGAGCGCCGCCCAGAGGCGAGAACGACGAAAGGGCAGCAACCGCGACGAUGCCCCGCACUCGAGCUCCGGAAACUGGAGCGCCUCGUCAGAGAGUGGAAGAGCCAGCAUCGGCAGUGAAACCACCACCACCACGCAUCAGCCCAGAUCCACGACGACGGCUUCAAUCGGCACAUCCUCCACUUCCCUAAGUCACAUGAGGCGACUGAAAGGAAGAGACACCUCAGCCUCGUCCUCGGUAACCUCCGAAGGUACCCUAACACCGGACAUCAUACAGGACAUCACGGUGGUGCCCUUUUCCGACGAUGGCGAAACAUCGUCAGUGUACUCCUGCGACACAGAGGGAUAUUACACUUCGUUUCACAUGGACUCGGGCCUGAAAACCCUUAGAGAGGAGGAACCCAUGCCACAAAGUCCUUUGACCAAAACUAACGACGUCGGCACGGAUGCCGCUUCGCCAAUCGUCGAGAACGAGUAUGAAUUAUUUGGCAGAGGAUCAACUUCCACAACGACUAGCUCAGCCGGAACAGUUUGCACCGCUCUUAUGGCACCACCGCCUCCCGAGCGCAAGUCCAGUCUUACGGUGGUUGCUAUGGUUCAUGGUCAAAAUCAAAACGGUGGCGAAUCGCCCGAUAGCGGUCACAACACAUCUUCGUCUCCCGUUGAAUCUGCCUCGAGUCCGGCCUGCACUGGCCGUUCCUGUUCCGAGUUCGAAUAUUCAGAGUCCAGCGAUCUAGAGGGCUGCGAGCGAAUCGAAAGAAUUCGCUCAAAGACGGCAAUUACGACUAGUCGGAUACCAUCGAUGUGCGUGAUUACGCCACCCGUAUCUGACGACGAACACGUGAGAGAGACGGAUCAGGGUGAGAAGAAGACGAACGAACCAACGAGAAGAACUGAACUUCAAAGCGGCGUUUCGAUAUUAAUGUCUGCAACCGUCGGCACUUCCAAAAUGGAGGUGAUUAAUGGCCAGGAUAAAAAUCUGUAUGCCACCGUACAAGUGUUACCGGCGGCAGCCAAUAACGAUAGACCGACAACGACAGGCCAAUCGUCGUCGUCGAUGAAAAUCAGUCCGCUGAGCGGCGUUCUGGGUAAACUUCGUGGCGUACUUCCGGGCAAGAAGCACGCCACGAAGAUCGGCGCCGUGCAGGAGUUGUCGAAUGCAGACUCCGGCGACUAUGUGACCAUAGCCGACGUGAGGAACAAUAACGACAAACGCCCCGCGGGCCCGAUUUCGUCUUCGUCAUCGUCGUCGUCGUCGUCGUCAGGCAUGACCGCUGUCCGACCGACUACCACCUACGCCAAUACCGACAUCUUCAAGAAGGACGCAGAGUACGUGAGUCUAAGCGAGUUGCCGAAGAAACCGGAUUCAUCGUUAGAAAGGAAGAGACAAGGCGCUCGAGUCACUUUAGAUUCCGAAGGCAAAGUUGUUUACUCAUCCGACAGCCUGAAAAGAAGGAAGGGAGCGCACACGACGUUUAAUCCAGGUCCCUUCGUCAGAGAAGGAGUGUCACCGAGUCCGUCGCCAUUACUACAUCGCGCGAUGCCGAAUAUUCGCGCCGUCACGAGGAGCGCCGAUGCAGUGGACGCUCCGAACGUUAGGAUCACACCGCCGACGUCACCUCAACUGGGCAAACUAAUCAUUCGGGCGGCGCGAAGUCCCGAUCGCGCUACCAGCCCGGAUUACGUGCGCACACUGGCAACCGUGGUCGGUCCCACGAGCCCGACCAAUCCCCACAGACAAGUCCGCGGAGCUUACGUCAACGUGCAAGGCGACGAAGACAACACUUUACUGUCUAUACCUCCGGAAUCCAUACCACCGCAAGCAAUCGUUCAACCGCCGCCCUACAUCGCCCCACCGAAACCGGAGGAUCGACAAAAAUCACAUAAAUAUCAAGAGAUCCUAAAGGACACACAGCCACCGAAUCUGCGAGCCUAUCCCGAGAACGAGAAGCAAUCGAUCGCGCAAAACCAAGACUUUUACGAUCCUCGUCGAAACAUCCAACAAUAUGACAACCGCAAAAACCUUCUCGAUCAGCAGAGGAUAUCGAACUAUGAAUAUCAGCAACGAGUUUGCAACUAUCAAACGGUGUACAUGCACAAUGCGAGGAAUCAGCAGUUCAGUUCACCAGCCAAAGAUGUCAAUCAAUCACAGCAGUUCUACACCCUGCCGACAAGAAGGCCUCAACGAGAGAUCGAACCACCUCGUAGUGUUACGCCAGAUAUCACCAGAGGUCUGGGACGUGGUUCUCUUAAUAGCAUGCAUAUGCUAGCGAAACAGGGUCAACAGAGGGUCACGGUUGUUGAGAGCGAGCAGGCUCAACACGUUUUCCAAGUGGACGCGGAGAAAAGAAAUUUGGAGCAAGAGGAGACAACAAGAGGCAGAUUUGUGCAGAAUCAACCUCAAUCGGUCGUGGAUGUUAGAAAUAGAUUCGCAACACCUCUAAGUCAGGCUGCACACGGCUAUCGAUUCUUCGCAUCUUCACCCGCCAACGAUCCUCUCACGAGGUCUCCUAACGCGGACGUUCUAAGGAAUAAUCCAAUUUCGCCGAUCGGGCACGGUGGCUACAAUAACGGCUUCAAAUCGUCCACUCCCACCAGCCAGUACGGACGAUCGGUGCCAACCGUGGCGGAACGUCUAGCUCUGACCACCGCCGGCAAUAAUUGCUCGUCGCCGAUACCAACAAGCAGUUCCUCGGGUAGAAGCACUCCCGUCCAAACCUCUUCCGGUAGAACCACGCCGACUAAUUUGGUUCUGUCGCCCACCAAAAGUACCAUGUCCAAUGAGGAGCUAUUUGCCGCGAUUCAUAAGUCAAAAAAGAAACUCAAUAUCAAGCUCAACGAAAACGACAACGAGAACCUAUCGCCGUACGGAUCAAUGAACUCCCUGGUGAAAACACCGGCCGGCACCAGGCACAGCUGGAGCCCGGAAUCUCAAAAAACUUCUUUAGAGAUACCGACUACGGUGCAAUCGCCUACGUCACGAAUGGAUUUCAAACGUUUGCUCCUUCAGCAAAGUGUAAAAGCCAGUCCUAUACGGCUAUCGGCGGCGGAGCAGCUAAAACUAUCGCGCCAGCAAUGUCAGCAACAGCAACAGCAAUCAUCACCAAACGCUCAUCAGAGUCCCUUGACGAAAGUCCUGAGUCCACGCUCGGUUUGGAGGUUUCAGACCCCGAGAACCGACGUUCUUUCGUCCACUAUAAUCGAGGAUACCGCGGCGGAGGAGAAAGCGAUGAAGCCCUCGCCGGAGAAUACGUCUCCCAUUUCAAGACUGAAUUCUAGGCGGCAAUUGGAUCUCUGCAUCGAUCUACCGAAUCAUUUGCGUAUCACCGAUUGCAAGGAUCUCAACGAUAAAUUAACGGCGAACAAGACGUCUACAAACGAACUCAAUCUCGAUCCCGCAAUCAAAUCAUUAAAUCAAAAUAACCAUAUUCGAGAAUUAAUCAUCUCAAAUAAUCCUACACAAAUCACAUCUCCCGUGAAAACCACGAUAAUCGAUCAAGAUACUUCAUCUUUGUUGUCUCAAAACGACAUUCGCGAUAGCGCCAACACAGCGCUGCAGUAUUUGAAAAGUAAUACGCUCGAAUCUAAGAGUCAGGAUCCCUUAAGUGCUCUCGAGUCGAGGAGAAUCAGUAACCAAUUGGCGAGAGCCCAGUUCCUGGCCAGUACACCCACCAGCACUAAUCCAUCGCAGAAUCUCUACUUCAGUAAGAGAUUUAGAGCGCGAUCGGAAUCUCCGCGACACGCGGUAACACAAAAUGUUGCACCGCGAAGUCCGAGUGCUCCUACUCUCGAAACCGCUCUGUGAUCCGCGAAUAUGUCGAUAAUGAGGACAACGGCCUUGCACAAACCUUUAACUCUUCAUUAUUGUACAAUAUAUAUUAGCAAGUUGAGAUAACUUAAUAGUCAAAAUUUAAUAUACCCAAUUAUUAAAUUGCAGGUAAAGCAUUUAUGCAUACAAGAGUUUGUUAAAUUAAAACUGACUUGAAUAUAUAUUAUGACAUAAUGUCUGUAAAAAAACAAAGCAGUGUUUUAAUUAUAAUAGUGAAUUUGAUUUCUAGAGUUUUAAUAAACUAUUAGUAAUAAUAAACUAAUAGUAUUAAUAAACUAUUUAUAAAAUUUUUCUUGCAGGUAACUAAUGCAACUAAAAUUUUUUAAUAACGAUAUCUUAUUUAGUACAUUAAUGAAGAGGUAAUAGCAAGGAUAUCUGAAUCCACUUAGAAAUUUCGACGCGAUGUAUUUAUUAACUAUGAUCUAUUUAAAUUGAAUUUUUUAUCCUAAUUAUAUAUAUAUAUAUACAUAUAUAUAAUAGCAGCUUGCAUCUGCUAAAUGACAAUAAUUUAUAAACGUGAUAUCGGUAAUUAGUAUUGCAAGGCUUCUUGCAUAAAGCAAACAAUCAACGCAAUAAUAUCAUAAUUAUUACGUCAUAUUCUGUCAAUCGAAUGUAAAAUUGAUUUUGACACGUUAUCUUAUGUAAUUCAAAUCGGUCUGCUAAAUCUCGUAUACGUAAUUCAAUCAAAUAAUAAGCAAUAAAUAAGAUAUUCUCGACACUAAUAAUCUCAAUCGAAUGCCUAUUUUAUAUAACCGUUUUAUAAAGAACCAUUUUACGUAUGUACGAUAUUAUAAAUUUAGUCUCGAAUUAAGACGCAAUGCCGUAAAUAUCAAUAUACCGAUGUAUUGAUAAUAAUAUAUUCGAUAUUUUCUCAUUCUUUAUGCUAAGCGAGCCUUCUUCUAACGAAAGAAAACGAUUUGAUCUUUGUAGGAUCUCAAUGCUUACGAUCGAACGCUCUUAAAAAACAAAAUAAAAAUUAAAUGAGUAUUAUAAUCUCAUCUUGAUACAUAUUCUUAAACACAAGAAAUGCAGAUGCAUUAUAUUCUUUAUAACAGUAAUGCACAAAGUUUCGUUCGCGGAAUUCUAUCCGCAACACGAAAAAACUAACGACAAAGCUCCUUCGUAGUUCUAAUAAGAAUUUUAUUGUUACCUUUAUUCAAAUGGAGAUAUUAUGCAGUAUUUUAUAAUUUGGGCUAACAAUUUUAAUUUAUUUACGGAAAUUAGAAGGAUAUUGGUAGUCAAUAGCCGCAUGAAAACUAUGUACGGUAAACUAUUAAUCGCUCGUAGAUGAUAGAAAUUGACGAGUUGAGUAGAAUUAUUUAUUAUUAAAAAAUUUUUAAGAUUGUUCAUGAGACAAUUAUUGCCAAGAUAUUUUUACUAAGCUAAGAAGUAACGUCAUCCGAUAAUCUUUUUCAUUUUAUUUAAAAAACCCUGGUAAAAAAAUUUUUUAAAGAAUUUUUCUGAAAUAUUCUAAUAAGAGAAAUAAUUGAAAUAAAGAUUAAAGAUUAAAAAUAUUUUUAAAAAAUUUCUUCAGAUUAAAGUUUUCUUUGGAAAUUAUAGAACAAAAACGUACAUUUUCUGUUUCAAAUUAUAAUUUUUAUUAUGAGUAUAAAAAGACAUGAAUCAUAAUUUAUUUAUCUAAUUAUCAUAGAAUUUAUUUUUGUCUUCUUCAUAAGGGAACUAUUUUUUCAUUGUAAAUUUCUUAUGCGGAAAUGAGAAGCGAAAAUUGUAAUUGUUGUGCUUGAUAAACAACCAUCAUUGAUUAUGAGUACUAUUAUCCUGAAAUAUUUAUAUGUACAGAAAUCUUAUAAUUAAAAUAUGAAAAAUUUUCUUAAGAAUAUUAUAAGAUAUUAUGAGAAUUUUUUUACCAGAGGAAUGACGAAAAAAUAAAUUCUAAUACAACUCGCGAUUUAUCGUUUACCGUACGAAGUUUGUCAUUAUGCAUCGGCAAACUCGUUUGCCGACGACGCCAAAUCGGGAGUUCAAUCAUUAAUGUAUUAAUUUAUUUGUCGACCUCGACAGCAAGAUCCAACUCCCCAAGUUCGCUUCGGCGAAAAUUGUAUAUAAUUACGAUUACGCGAGUAGCAUAAACCGAUUUUAAGUCUCGAUCGCUUGCUAGUCUAGUCGAGAUAGAAUUUAGUACGUAUACAUAUAUAUAUAUAUAUAUACUGCGUUUUGGAGAUUUUUCGAGCAGAAAAGUGCCGUUAAUCACAUGCGUAAUCUAUCACGUCGGAUCGAUUUUGUACGAUCAUCGAAUCGUAAAUAGAGAGAAUAUACAAAUUAUAUAUGUAAACAUAUGAACAAGGAGGAUAACGAUGAUAUGUAUAGCGUAAUACAAAAGUUGCCUUAAUUAAAUUAUUUCGAACUGCGCCGAGGUAUCGUCGACGAGGCGUUGACGUCGAUUAUUUACAAUCGCGCAAGGGACGGAAGUAAUUUUGCAAAAUAUAACCCGCUAGGUCUUAAAGCUGGAAACGUGUUUUGUACUUUGCUCAGAAUAAAUGAAAAUAUUUCGUGAGA